AUGAAAUCAAGAAUGCAUUAAUCUUUUAAGCAUCCGUUUUAUUUUUCUGUCAAAAAAGAGCACACGGUUCUUUGCAAUGGCUUCAGUCGCUUUACACAGGUUUUGUGUACGUAUAUUUCGGCGUUCUUUAGCAGGAAUUCAACAUUCAGGAACAUGCCGGGUAAAAGGUUUAGGGAAAUCUCCAGCCAUUUACUCCCACCAUAAAGGCAGGACCCUUCCCUUUUCCACCAGUGCAUUUUUUAGUCGGCGGAAAACAUACACUUAUUAUGGCAGUGCAGGGGGUGGUAAUAAAAAGGGAGGAUCAGGCUCGAAGGGGCACACAAUGUGUCCCCACUGUGGCUACACAAUGUUUCACAAGGACACUACUAUUUUAACAAGUGUAAAAUGUGAAAAUUGUAAUGAGGUUUUAUUUUCCUCUUCAAAACAAGACUUUCCAAAGGAUAAGUUGAUGGAACCAGCAGAGAUAGUGAACAAAUUAAAUCAAUACAUAAUUGGACAAGAUCAUGCCAAGAAAGUGUUAGCAGUGGCUGUUUAUAAUCAUUAUAAAAGGAUAAACCAACACAAAGCCAAAAUACAGAAACAAAAGUGGGCAGAGGAAAGAGAGAGGCAAGAUGUAUUAGUGUAUGAAAAACAAAGGAAACCCCAUUCCCAUGGUCUAGGCCUGGACAUUCGAGCUGCUGUAGCAAGUGAAGGUCUUAGAGCAAGAUCGGAUUCAAUCCCUGUAACUCCUGUAGUCAAACAAAAGGAGAGUUCUGAUAUACAGAUAGACAAAACUAACAUUCUGAUGCUGGGACCAACAGGAACAGGUAAAACAUACAUUGCUCAAGUUCUGUCUGAAAUCUUGAAUGUGCCUAUAGUGAUCUGUGAUUGUACAAGUCUGACGCAGGCUGGCUAUGUUGGGGAGGAUGUAGAGAAUGUAGUGGGACGUCUUCUACAGAAUGCAAAGUUCAAUGUGGAAAAAUGUCAACAAGGUAUAGUGUUUUUGGACGAAGUGGACAAAAUCAGUUCCAAGAAAGGUGGUCAGUUCCAGCGAGAUGUUGGUGGGGAGGGGGUCCAGCAAAGUCUCCUCAAGAUGAUGGAGGGAGCAGUUAUUAAAGUUCCUGACUUGAGUGGUAGCGGGAAAAAAACAAUUGAUGUGGAUACAACUAACAUUCUCUUCAUCUUUUCUGGUGCGUUCAGUGGUCUCACAAACAUUAUUCAAAAGAGAGCCAACAUCAAGCCAUUUGGAUUUACAUCAGACCCUCAAGAAGAUCACAGUAAUGUUUUGGAGACUUCCCACAACACUGAUGACUCGGACCAGAAGAAGGAUGAGAUUCUCCGAGCAGUAGAAGUAGAUGAUCUUGUCAACUUUGGUAUGAUUCCAGAAUUCAUAGGCAGAAUACCAGUAUUCGCUGUGUUUGAAAACAUGACCACUGAAAUGUUGAUACAGAUCCUUAAAGAACCCAAAAAUGCAUUGAUUCCACAGUAUGAAACUCUCCUUGAAAUGGAUGGGGCAAAGUUAAAGUUUGAGGAGGAAGCUUUGGUUGCCAUUGCAGAGAAAGCUAAAGCUUCAGGAACUGGUGCCAGAGCACUCAGAAGCAGACUGGAGAGUAUUCUACUGGAGCCAAUGUAUGAAACACCUAAUUCUGACAUUGAGGAAAUAAUAAUAACCAAAGAAACAGUUGUAGAUAAGAAACCUCCAGUAUAUAUACAGAGAUCCAAGGACUUAGUCGUGUCUCCAGAUAAAUUUAUCAUUAAACAGACAGUGCCCCCAUCCAUGAAAGUAAUGAAUCCUCAUUCUCAACCAUAAUUUAUGGUUUCAUGAUACUUCGUAUGAAAUAUUCCAACAGAUGUGAUAUUUUUAAUGGAUCAUUGUAAUAAAAUGUGCAGUGAUGUUUCAGUUAAAUAAAAUAAUUUUAAAUGCC